GUCCUGCUGUCGCUGCAGCUGCAAACCGACCAAGUCUGGAUGCAGAACCUUCUCUAGGAUUAUUGUUGACACAAACUGGACCCUGAGGAUACGGAAUCAUAUCACAGCCAUCAUGAAGUUUGUACGCUUUAUAAUGAAAAACGCCGCGUUGGCUAACGCGCCGAAGCACAUCGACCAUUUCUCCAAAUUCUCCCCAUCUCCGCUCUCCAUGAAGCAGUUCAUCGAUUUCGGUUCCAUCAAUGCCUGUGAGAAGACAUCGUUUGUCUUUUUGAGGCAGGAGCUCCCUGUGAGGCUCUCCAACAUCAUGAAGGAGAUCAACCUCCUGCCAGACAAGCUGCUCACUACUCCUUCAGUUCAGAUGGUGCAGAGAUGGUAUAGCCAGAGCUUAAUGGAGAUCCUUGAUUUCCUGGACAAGAAUCCAGAUGACCACAGAGUGCUUUCAGAGUUUGUUGAUGCCUUGGUCACCAUCAGAAACCGACAUAAUGACGUGGUGCCCACUAUGGCGCAGGGGGUCUUGGAAUACAAGGAGGUCUUUCCCCAGGAUGUGGUCACCAACCAGAACAUCCAGUACUUUCUGGAUCGCUUCUACAUGAGCCGCAUCUCCAUCCGAAUGCUGAUCAACCAGCAUACUCUUGUUUUUGACGGCACCACCAACCCAGUCCAUCCAAACACAAUAGGAAGCAUUGACUCUCAAUGCAAUGUGGGAGAUGUAGUCCAGGAUGCCUUCCAUAGUGCCAAGAUGUUGUGUGACCAGUAUUACCUUCGCUCCCCUGAUCUGGUACUGCAGGAAAUGAACCACGAGAAGAAGAGUCACCCAAUAAGCAUCGUUUAUGUCCCCUCUCACCUGUACCACAUGCUGUUUGAGCUUUUCAAGAACGCGAUGAGAGCUACCAUCGAGACCCACGAGAGCAAAAACAACCUCCCACCCAUUAAAGUCAUGGUUUCUCUUGGUGGAGAAGACAUGUCAAUUAAGGUCAGCGACAGAGGCGGCGGAGUCCCCUUUCGCAGGAUCGAGAAGCUUUUCAGCUACAUGUACUCCACAGCUCCGGCUCCACAGAUAGGCGACCACAACAGGACACCCCUGGCUGGAUUCGGCUACGGUCUUCCCAUUUCCCGUCUCUAUGCAAAGUAUUUCCAGGGUGAUCUGCAGUUUUACUCCAUGGAGGGUUUCGGCACAGAUGCUGUCAUCUACUUGAAGGCUCUGUCCACGGACUCCAUUGAAAGGCUGCCCGUGUACAACAAAACUGCUCUGAAGAACUACAAAGUGUGCCAGGAGGCAGAUGACUGGUGUGUGCCCAGUAAAGAACCACUAGAUCUGCGCAAAUACAAGGUGGCCUAGUCAGAGAGGCUUUGGGAGCAACCGUUGCUUUAAGACUUCAGAGAAUGGGGUUCUCCUUGAAACAUGUCUUUGUAUUUCCACGGGUUCAUCCGCCGAGGCAGAUGAGCUUCUUUAACCUCCCACAACCAGAGCAGAUUUCAGCCUGUAUCACCAGUAGCAUCGCUUCUGUCAUUGUUUUUGGUUUUUGUUGUAGAACAUUAGAGAAACUCAGAACUGCUACUAACAGGAUGCUUGAACAAAAGCAGCCAGAGCGCAGCUGAAACGAGAAAUGGCAUCAACUGGAUCAGAGUGGAGUCGCGCAGGUACGGGGAGAGACGAGAGCCGCCCGGCCCGUUUUAUGGGUGCCAGAAAAGGAGCGCUGAUUAAGAGUUGGAGUGGACUGAAGAAGAAGAAGAUGAGGAAAGUUGUAAGAUCCAGCCGCUUUGAGUAAAUGUGAAUGCUUUUCCAUAAGGCAAAAAAUCUUCAUUUCCGCUAUGCCUAAAGUAGCAAAUCCCAAAGGCAUGUAUUUUUUUUUUAUACUUGAACUAUCACCACUGAUAUUUGCACCUUAAAUUGUAUGGUACUGUAAUGCUGUUUGGUUUGAUUUUAAGCCAAUGUUAAGCUUUUUGCCUUUUGCAUGAAUAUUCUUGCAUACUUUCGUAUUUCAGCCUUUGCAAAUAUAAAAAACUGAUAUUGCACCCAGUUGUCUGGACCGGGCUGAAUUAAAUCCUUCGUUUUUGGGGGUUAUUUGUUUGUUUUUUGUAAAUACUACAAAGAAAAUGGGCACUAUUUUUGGCAAGCUGCAACUCUGUUGGGCCCAAUUUUUCUAUCUUUGCUUAUGACUUUUCUUCAGCUUUGUCUAAAGGCAAAAUGCUUUGAAACAGAUUCAGUGUAUAUAAGUGUUAUGUCCCGAAAGGUGGAACGUUUGACGUUUUAAAGCCAGUUUCUUUGGUUUGUUUUAUUGUUUUGUUGUUUUCUUUUUGUACACUGUGCCAAAUGAGACUAUCAUGGGUCCAGAUGUGUUCAAAACAGUUUUGAUUGUGUUUAUCUAACUCAUGCAGUAUGGAAAAGGUUAUUUUUAUAGCUACACUUUGUGACUGAAUUAAUUCUUAAUUCUGUUAAUUAAAAUGAAAAUACCUGAAAGCAAAAUGUUAC